GAUCCUAGGCUACAAAAUGUUUAAGAACCCUUGUUUGUCUUUCCCCUUUUUUCCUUUUUUGUCAACACUCAUGACAACCCAGGAAAAAUAAUGCACAUUUAUUAGAAAAAGUGGUCUGAAAUCCACAGAAAUUGUCUAUUUGAGUUUCUAUCAUCCUGUUGCUAUGGCUACAGCUGUCAUAUAGAUUGCUCCUCUAUAUGAGCUUGGUUACUGUUUAACCUCCCCACCCACAUUUGCCCAGAUUAGGAGAAUCAAUAAGAUAACAAGAGUACCGGCCUUACAGAGCACCGACAGCACCUUCCGCUAAAAAAAAUAAGCAGUACGCUACACCAAACUGUUCUAUCAACAUCUCUAACUUUUAAACAUACUUGGAAAAGGACAGAAACAACCAAAAGCAGAGCUGAAGAACACCAGGAUCGGCAUGGUCAAUGUUAACACUCAGGCCAGCACUAAUAUGGAGCUUCCGUAUGACUCCUCGCCAGCUGAAGGUGCCAACCUGAAUGCUGCCAAUCACCUGGGCACAGGGACUCUGUGCGCCAUCUGUGGCGACCGGGCAACAGGAAAACACUAUGGAGCCUCCAGCUGUGAUGGCUGCAAGGGUUUCUUCAGACGCAGUGUUCGCAAAAACCACAUGUACUCGUGCAGGUUUAAUAGACAAUGCAUAGUGGAUAAAGAUAAGAGGAACCAAUGCAGAUACUGUAGGCUAAAGAAAUGCUUUCGGGCCGGAAUGAAAAAAGAAGCUGUACAGAAUGAAAGAGACCGAAUCAGUACCAGAAGGUCCAGUUAUGAGGACAGCAGCUUUCCCUCCAUCAAUGCACUCAUCCAGGCUGAUGUCCUCUCCAGACAGAUCUCCUCUCCGGUUCCGAUCAUGAACGGUGACAUCAGAACAAAAAAGAUAGCCACCAUUACAGAUGUGUGUGAAUCUAUGAAGCAGCAACUGUUGGUACUGGUGGAAUGGGCCAAAUAUAUCCCAGCCUUCUGUGACCUCCCAUUGGACGACCAGGUGGCUUUGCUACGAGCACAUGCCGGAGAACAUCUCCUGCUUGGAGCUGCCAAGCGCUCCAUGCUUUACAAGGACCUUCUGCUAUUAGGUAAUGACCAUAUAAUUCCUCGGAAUUGCCCCGAAUUGGAAGUGAGUCGGGUAGCCGUAAGGAUCCUUGAUGAGUUGGUCCUUCCUUUCCAGGAGCUCCAAAUAGAUGAUAAUGAAUAUGCUUGCUUGAAGGCCAUUGUGUUCUUUGAUCCAGAUGCCAAAGGACUGAGUGAUCCGAGCAAGAUCAAGCGGAUGCGUUACCAGGUGCAGGUCAGUUUAGAAGACUACAUCAACGACCGGCAGUAUGACUCACGGGGGCGAUUCGGUGAGCUGCUGCUUCUGUUACCCACACUACAGAGCAUCACCUGGCAAAUGAUUGAGCAAAUCCAGUUUGUUAAGCUGUUUGGGAUGGCCAAGAUCGACAACCUCUUGCAGGAGAUGCUUCUUGGAGGUUCUGCUAAUGAGGCCCCUCAUGCUCCUCCGUCUCUGCAUCCACACCUGGUCCACGAGCACCUCAGUAACAACGUCAUUGUGACCACCAGCAUGGCCACUCCAAUUCAGAACGGACAAAUGUCCACACCUGAAACUCCAAUCCCAUCUCCUCCACCAGCUUCCAGCUCUGAGCAUUACAAACUGGCUCAGGGUGUCAUAGCCACGGUGCCUAAACAACUGACAGCCAUCCCUCAAUCCACAAUCACCAAGCAAGAAAGCAUCUGACUAUCUCAAAAAAAUCCCACAUCCUAAAACAAGUUAGACAUCGACAACUGGCUUGCUUCAAAGAUUCCUGGAAAAUGUAGUACAACAUGUUUUGACUAGUUAUAAUUUUGAGGCAGUCAUUAAAAGUCCAUUGGUCUAUUGGUAAACCAUUUGCUCUGGAAAGGAGCUCUUGCAAAUGGUAUAGUAUAAAGUACAUUUUGGGUUAUUUUUAUUUUUGUUUAAACAUUACAGUGAGAAACAAAUGAAAGCCCCCAGUCAUAGAUUAUGGCAUGUAGACCAAAAGAGCAGAAACCUCAGGAUUGUACAGUAGAUCUACUGUCAUAGCCUUUUAUCCCCCUUUUCUUUCUUUGUUUCUUUCUUUCUUGGAUUUUUUUUUUUUUACUUUCUUUUUUUAAAAUGUAUUCAAUCAACCUGACUUAUAGGCUGGUGUUUUUUUUUUUUUUUAGGUGGUACAUAUUUAUACUCCCCUAGGAGAAAUUCAUUUCAACAUGUCAACAGAGAGAAUUAGCAAAGUUUAUAUUAAUAUUAUUAUAUUAAGAUGAAAUAAAUGUUACAACAGGCCUUUCAUCUGGCAAAAAAAAAAUCAGAUGUGUAUGUUGUACAGUAUUUUAAGGAGUUAAUAUGAAUGAUUUUUACUUACUUAGUACUUAGGAAUAGGUGACACUGUUUGUGCCUUACAUGCUUACAAUGUGCAUAAAUACAAUGUGCUCGUCAUGGGCUGUUCAUCUAGUUUUGUUCUAUGAAAAAUGUACAUCUGAAGCUUUUUGUUUUAGCUUUCUGAUUAUAUAUUUGUCAUGACAAGUUCCACAUGUUUUUAAGCCUGUUUAGAGACAAAAAACUGCUUAAAUAUCCUGUUUUCCCGUUAAUGGAGUAAGUUUCUAAGAACCAAUUUCAUUUUAUCCAUGAGACUAUCACACUUUACUGGUGACAGGUUUUUGAAAGAUAGUCACCGAAGCCGACAGCUGUACGAGUGUGUGAGUGUGUACAUGUUUAAAAGAAACAGUGUGUUAGGAUACAAUAUGCGGUUUGGAAAAAAAGAAAAAGAAAAGGAAAAAGUGCCUUGCUGCACAUUCCUAGCUUGAAAUGAAAGCUGACUUGGGCCUUGCAAACUGCCAUUAAAUGUCAAGGUUAUAUUUUUACAUAAACACAUUCAUCCUAUUCAUUUAUUUCCAUUAGGUGUUUGUUCUUUCAUACACCAGGUACAUCAUUAAUAUGUCACCACGGAAUUAUAAAAACCUUAAGCAACCAAGCGUUUCGCACCAUCUCAGCAAGAUUUCUUCUAUUGUUCUAUAAAUGGCUAAUCAACUGUUUUAAGGUUUUUAAAUUGUGAUAAA